AAAAAGAAGAGAAAAUUUACAAAGGUGACAGUUUAAUGUCCAUCAAAAUACUCAACAAGUCAGGAAACCAUUUCAAUAAAGUCAUGGCAGGGAUCUCAGUAUCAGCGAGAGCUAUGAAUUCAGGAAAUGCAAAAAUGUCAUUCCUUAAUGCAAUGAAUGCAGUACAUAAGACAAAAAUGUUUGGUAGAAAUCGAAGUGAGCCACUCUGGAAAGUGUUUAGGAAGCAUCCAGUAACACGUGGAAUGGCUGCAUAUCUAGUCGUUUGGCCAACAGGGAAUAUUAUUCAACAGACAUUGUGCAAAAAUCGAGAAGAUAAUUAUGAUUGGAUGAAAGUUUUAAGAUUUGGACUUUAUGGAUGUUUUAUAACAGCUCCCUCACUUUAUGCUUGGGUAAAAUUAGCCACAUUCAUGUACCCAGGUAACAACCUUCGGCUCGCGAUGUACAAGGCAAUUGUCGAACAAAUAUCUUACACACCACUUGCCAUGUUCUCAUUUUUCUUCAGUAUGUGCUGGCUUGAGACAUUUAACGCAGCAGAAGCAUUUGAGGAAGUUAAAGCCAAAUUCCCACCAACAUAUUUUACAGCUAUAACAAUAUGGCCUCUCAUUGGCACAAUUAAUUUCGCAUUUAUUCCCGAAAGAAAUCGCGUUUUCUUUACUUCAUGCUUUUCAUUAUUAUGGACGAUAUAUUUAGCUCAUGUAAAGAAUAUGAAGCGCGACGAGAUGGUCUUGGAUAAAAGUAAAUCAAAAGAGCCAUCGACUUCAAAAGACAGUAAACAGUGAUAUGCGAUGAUAAGACUUAUAGUAUUAAGUUAAUUACAAUUAGCAUGU